AUGUGGGGCUCCUCUCUGAACCUCUCGGACAUCCAGCAGAGGAUCCACGGAGUCACGCGCUUCCUGUCGGUGACUCUGAGCAUCGCCGACGCGCACACUGUGGACUUUUACACGCGCGACGUGUGGACGCGCUUCGUGGCCGUGACGCCGGAAGAGGUCCUGUCUGCUGUCAGCUCCUGCGGUGGCCAGCAGGGGGAGCCAGAGCCCAAAGCUAAAGAUCCGCCCAGGACCACGUUUGGAUUUUGCUGUGAAACAAAUCGACUGGUCGACAUCCAUGAACUCCUGCGGGCGGCCAGGGCCCACUCUCUCCCAGGCCUCGGAGUGUGCUGGAGCAGGGAGGAGCUGCUGCAGGGCCUCAGAGGGACCGGGUCUGAGGGUGGCGCUGAGACAGGAAGCAGCGACGAAGGUGCUGAGCUGGAAACAGAUGAGUUCAUGAACUCCAAAAAAUCUCAUGAGGUCCAGGCCAUGUCUGAGGUGGUGGCACGUUUGGCCCAGCACUGUGGAGUCAAACAGGUGAUAGAUGUGGGCUCGGGGAAGGGCUACCUGAGUUCCUUCCUGUCGCUGCGGUACGGUCUCCGGGUCUACGGCAUCGACUCCUCCAGCAGCAACACCCACGGAGCCCAGGAGAGGAACAGGAAGCUGAAGAAGUUCUCCAGGGUCUACCAGAAGCACAGCAAGGCGGCGAGGGCACGUGGAGAGGCCGCGCAUUCACCCCAGGAGGAGUUAGAAGUGGAAAGAAAACCUGGAGCGAUUGGAGACAGGGGAGUUUUAUGUGGUGCUGCGGGAGGAAUCGUGUCACAGGAGGAGGAGAAGGUUUCAACUGUAUUAUCAGAUGUCAGCCCCACAAUAAACCCAGGAACCGAUGAGCUCUUCCUUAGCUCCCUGUCAGUGGACGUGAUAGAGACUACAUCCCCCAGAAUUCCCCCCAGCCGGCUGAGCGAGGAGGAGAGGGAGAGGAGGAAGAGGGACAACCUGGAGAGGAAAGCCCAGAACAGAGGCGAGAGCGCCGCCACCGUAUUUUCGCCCCUCACGUCGUACGUCACCGCGGAGACGGAGCUGCGAGAGCUCAUCGACGAGCUGGAGGACGCCGUCGUGGUCGGCCUGCACACGUGCGGCGACUUGGCUCCCAGCACCCUGCGGAUGUUUGUGGCCAAACCGGAGCUGGCCGCAGUCUGCAGCGUGGGCUGCUGCUAUCACCUGCUGUCUGAGGAGUUUGACCCGGCCGCACAGGAGUGUUUGCACAGUGUGUGUGGUUUCCCUCUGAGUCGGUACCUCCGCAGCCAGUCCUGCUUCUGCGGCAGGAACGCCAGGAUGUCUGCGUGUUUGGCGCUGGAGAGGGUCUCACUCGGCCAGGGGAUUCAGAUGGAGUCUCUGUUCUACCGAGCAGUUCUUCACAUUAUUCUGAGGGAUCACUACAGCUCCUAUAAAAGUGAGAAGCGAGUGGGGAAAGUGUACUCCAAGGCUAAAUCCUUCGUGGACUACGUUCGUCGAGCUCUACUCAGACUGGAGCUGGACGAAUCAAAGUUAACGGACGACGUCAUCCAGGGUUACCACGACACGUACAGGCCACGCAUGGGCGAGAUGAACGCCUUUAACAUGUUGAAGGUGACGCUGGCUCCGUGCAUCGAGGGUCUGAUUCUCCUGGAUCGUCUGUGUUUUCUGAAAGAACAGGAGAGCGUCUCCCUCUCAGCGCUGGUGCAGCUCUUCGAUCCCCUGCUGUCGCCGAGAUGCUACGCCGUCGUCGGGCUGAAGAGUUGCGACGACAGAAUCACGAGCCGAUGAGCUUUCACACGUGGUUAUCAUCCGCUCGUCGGGGGGGCGGGGGGGAGGUCGCGAUUAUAUGAUCACUGAUUAUAUUUUAUACGUUCCAAAUUGUGUAAUUUAUUCACUGUCUGCAACAUCUUGUUUUGUUUUAUUUCAUUAACUGUUUUUGACGAGCAACAAAUGUUGAGUAUUUUCGGGGCUCGGUCCUUGACCGUGCGCUCUGCUCAGACGACAACACACGAAAACACAUGGUCUUACAACACCUGGAAAAACCGUCCGCUCUGUUUGAUUGAAUUAUGUCCAUCCCGGCCUUUUGUUUUUGCGUUUGAGUGACUCCUGAGAAAACACUGGUCCUUAAAGAGCAUCCAGGGACAGGGGAGCGUCGUGGGACUUCAGGGAGACUUGGAUCACCUCCGCUGAGAUGUCUGGAAACUCAAUUUCCAGGCUCCCAGACCAGAGGCAGUUGGGUAAAAACCAUAGACAGAUCCUGGAUCCCUUUUUAAUCUUUACCUCUGUUCUGCUCUGUCUUUUCUCAUUUAAUAAAUCAAGUUCUUCUUACAUGCUUGAGAGCAAAUGCGAGA